CAAUUCGGAUAAGGUGAAAAAUAUCCUCAAAUCUAUGUUAAACUAAAAGAGAGAUUUUUUUUCUUAAACCCUCUCUCUCUCUCUCUCUCUCUCUCACAUGGCUACUUCUCUGUCUUCAGUUCUGGAUGUCCAUUUUACAGUCCAUCUCUCAGUCUCAGACACAAACAAACCCAAUAUUAUCUUCAACUCUCCAUUCAGACAAUACACAACAAGCAAAAGAGGAUUUACCAUUUUGUGUAACUCUUCCAAGUCUUCCCCAAAACCCUCUCCAGAACCAACCCAGAAAAACCCAAAUUUAUCUGACCAACUCAGGCCUCUAUCAACAACCACUCUCCCUAAACCCACCACUCACCAAAACCAGCUUUUGUCCAAGCCUAAGUCCACUUGGGUCAACCCCACCAAGCCCAAACGCUCUGUGCUCUCCCUUCAGAGGCACAAACGCUCUUCUUACUCAUACAACCCUCAGGUCAGAGAGCUCAAGCUCUUUGCCCACAGGCUCAAUGACUGUGACAACUCUGAAGCUGCUUUCUUGUCUGUUCUUCAAGAAAUUCCACAUCCACCCACUAGAGAAAAUGCACUUUUGAUACUCAACAGCUUGAGGCCAUGGCAGAAAGCUCGCCUGUUCUUGAAAUGGAUCAAGACCCAGAAUUUGUUUCCCUUGGAAACUAUAUUCUACAAUGUCACAAUGAAGUCUUUGAAGUAUGGGAGGCAGUUUGAGCUCAUAGAGGAGCUUGCACGUGAGAUGAUAAACAAUCAGAUUGAGCUUGAUAAUAUCACAUACUGCACCCUUAUUACUUGUGCCAAAAAGUGUAACCAUUUUGAUAAAGCUGUGGAGUGGUUUGAGAGGAUGUAUAAAACAAGUUUGAUGCCUGAUGAGGUGACGUACUCUGCUAUUCUAGAUGUGUAUGCCAGAUUGGGCAAGGUUGAGGAAGUGUUGAAUCUGUAUGAGAGAGCAAGGGGUAGUGGGUGGAAACCUGACCCCAUUGCAUUCUCUGUGUUGGGGAGGAUGUUUGGUGAAGCAGGGGACUAUGAUGGUAUUAGGUAUGUCUUGCAAGAGAUGAAGUCUCUUGAUGUGCAGCCUAAUUUGGUUGUGUACAAUACAUUGUUAGAGGCAAUGGGUAAGGCUGGAAAGCCUGGUUUAGCUAGGAGUUUAUUCCAGGAAAUGGUGGAAUCAGGGUUAACCCCGAAUGAGAAAACGUUAACUGUACUUGUUAAGAUUUAUGGCAAGGCUAGGUGGUCUCGAGAUGCUUUGGAAUUGUGGAAACAAAUGAGUUCGAAAGGUUGGCCGAUGGAUUUGAUAUUGUAUAAUACGUUGUUGAAUAUGUGUGCAGACCUUGCAUUGGAGGAAGAGGCUGAGAGGCUGUUUGAGGACAUGAAGGGGUCAGAGCGGUGUAGGCCAGAUAGUUGGAGCUAUACGGCAAUGCUUAAUAUAUAUGGGAGUGGAGGGAAUGUUGACAAAGCAGUGGAGUUGUUUGAAGAAAUGUCUGAGUCAGGUGUUAAGCUCAAUGUGAUGGGGUGCACUUGUUUGAUUCAGUGCUUGGGAAAGGCUAAGAGAAUUGAAGACUUGGUUAGAGUUUUUGGUGUUUCGAUUAAAAGGGGGGUUAAGCCAGAUGACAGGCUUUGUGGAUGCUUGCUAUCUGUUGUGUCCUUGUGUGAGGAAAGUGAAGAUGUUGAUAAGGUCCUUGCUUGUUUGCAGCAAGCUAACCCAAAGUUGUUUGCCUUUGUGAAAUUGGCAACAGAGGAAAAAACUAGUUUUGAAACUGUCAAGGAAGAGUUUAGGGGUAUUCUCAGUGAAACUGCAGUCGAAGCACGGAGACCCUUCUGUAAUUGCUUGAUUGAUAUUUGUCGAAACAGAAAGCUUCAUGAGAGAGCUCAUGAAUUGCUUUACUUAGGAACCCUAUAUGGGUUAUACCCAGGUUUACACAACAAGACUGUACAUGAGUGGUGCCUGGAUGUUCGGUCAUUGUCUGUUGGUGCAGCUCAUACUGCACUGGAAGAGUGGAUGGGGACUCUUUCCAAAAUUGUCCAGCACAAAGAGGAAUUGCCAGAGAUAUUUUCGGCUCAAACAGGUUCAGGAACCCACAAAUUCUCUCAAGGACUAGCCAAUUCCUUUGCUUCUCAUGUGAAGAAACUUGCAGCACCGUUUAGACAGAGUGAACAGAAAGUUGGUUGCUUUGUUGCAACUCGAGAAGAUGUAGUAUCUUGGGUGCAGUCAAGGCUUGCAUCCUCUGCUGCUACAGCAUAAUUGAUGAACCAGGUGUAAUUACAAAGGCAAUAGUUUUCACUUUUCAUCAUUGCUUUUUUCUUUUUUGGUCUUUUAAAUAUCAUGGCAUAAAUAUGUUGAUAGAUGUCAUUUGUAUUUGUUACAUUAAAUUGCACACUUUAUUCUGCUUUAGAUUUUUGAAAUGUAACAUUGAUCUUGAUAUCAAAACAGAGAGGACUCUUUAAUU